GCUCUAUCGAGAUUCCCCAAAUCACACUAUAACUCACUCGCCUUCUUCAAUUCCUUCCCUUCCAUUUCGUCUUACAGUUCCGCCGCGGAUCUCUCACACAUUCAUGGUGGCGACCGUCGUCUUGGCGCUCUGCAUAACCGUGGUUACCUUGCACAAUGUCGCCGACGCCUACACCAACCACACGGUCGGCGGCGUCGCCGGUUGGUUUUUCAACUCCACCACCAAUAAGACCUCCGCCGAUUACGUCGCUUGGGCGUCCAAUCGCACCUUCAGCCUCGGCGACUAUCUCAUUUUCAACACCAGCACAAAUCAAACCGUAAUUCAGACCUACAACAAAACAACAUAUGUCAAUUGUACAAUGGAUGAAUCUUCGGACAACGACACUUUUCUAUACAACGGAGGCAACAAUCAGUUUGGAGUUGCAACAAUCAUACAAGUCCCGCUAACUUUAGAAGGUCUACAAUACUAUUUUUCGGGGGCUCAAGAUGGCGAACAAUGUAAGAACGGGAUGGCAUUUGAGAUUAAGGUGAAUCACGGAAUUGGACUUCCCCCGAGCCUUAACCAACCUCCUCCGCCACUGUAUGUUUCACCGCCGUCUCCUGGAAAUGGUGACGAAGAACAACCCCCAAUAGUUGGAAUUACGCCGUUGCCCAACGGGGGACUAAGGAGCCUCGGCGACUUGUCGUGGUUGCGGCUUAUGAUUUAUCUGAUGGUUUAUUUGGGAGUUUAAGAGGAAAUUUAUAGGGUUCGAUGGUUGUAUUUUGGAAUAAUAAAGAAUUUUGAAUUAUAAUGAUAAUUUGAUAUGAUAUAAAUAGUUAUUUGAU